UAUAGAUCAUCAAAAGCAUCCCUCUAUUGCUCUAUUGUACUACCUUCACUGGUAAUAUCUAUAGUCUUUACUAAAAAAAAAAUCUCAUCUAAAAAGUAAUAAUGUCUGAACCUCAAUCAGGCAGUCAAACUCCUGUGGGUUCUCUCUUGGAAAAGAAGCACUCCGGAGAAUCUGACAACCAACAACCCCCAGUCAUCGCCCACGAAGACCAGCCUAUCAUGCCAGAAAAGCACUUUAAGGACUACCUUCUUAUCUCCUUUUUCUGUUUGUGUGUUGCCUUUGGUGGGUUCGUUUUCGGUUUCGAUACCGGUACCAUUUCUGGUUUCGUCAACAUGCCAGAUUACAAGGAAAGAUUCGGUGAACUCAAGGGUGGCGAAUACGUCUUGUCCAACACCAGAACCGGUCUUAUCGUUGCUAUUUUCAACAUUGGUUGUGCCGUUGGUGGUAUUGUCUUGUCCAAGGUUGGUGACGUUUAUGGUAGAAGAAUUGGUUUAAUGUUCUCCAUGGCCAUCUACAUUGUCGGUAUUAUUGUCCAAAUUUCCGCUUCCCACAAGUGGUACCAAAUUGUUGUUGGUCGUGCUAUCACUGGUUUAGCUGUUGGUACCGUUACCGUCUUGUCUCCAAUGUUUAUCUCCGAAACCGCUCCAAAGCAAUUCAGAGGUACCUUGGUUGUUUGUUUCCAACUUUUCAUCACCUUGGGUAUCUUCCUCGGUUACUGUACCACCUACGGUACCAAGAUUUACAAUGACUCCAGAUCUUGGAGAAUUCCAUUAGGUUUAUGUUUUGCCUGGGCCUUGUUCUUGGUUGGUGGUAUGGUUUCCAUGCCAGAAUCCCCAAGAUACUUGAUUGAAAAGAACAGAAUUGAAGACGCCAAGGUCUCCAUCGGUAGAUCCAACAAGAUUUCCCCAGAAGACCCAGCCGUCUACAGCGAAGUCCAAUUGAUCCAAGCUGGUAUUGACAGAGAAAAGCUCGCUGGUUCCGCUUCCUGGUCCCAAUUGAUCACUGGUAAGCCAAAGAUCUUGUCCAGAGUCAUCACCGGUAUCAUGAUUCAAUCCUUGCAACAAUUGACCGGUGACAACUAUUUCUUCUACUACGGUACUACCAUUUUCAAGGCUGUUGGUUUGACUGAUUCUUUCCAAACCUCCAUUGUCUUGGGUAUUGUCAACUUUGCAUCCACCUUUGUCGGUAUCAUGACCAUUGAAAGAUUCGGUAGAAGACUUUGUUUGUUGGUUGGUUCCGCUUGUAUGGCUGUUUGUUUCAUUAUCUACGCCGUUUUGGGUUCUGUGAACUUGUACAUUGACGGCUACGACGGUCCAACCAGAAAGCCAACCGGUGACGCCAUGAUUUUCGUCACUUGUUUGUACAUUUUCUUCUUUGCCUCUACCUGGGCUGGUGGUUGUUACGCCAUUGUUUCCGAAAUUUACCCAUUGAGAAUCAGAUCCAAGGCCAUGGCCGUUGCCACCGCUUCCAACUGGUUGUGGGGUUUCUUGAUUUCCUUCUUCACUCCAUUCAUCACCUCUGACAUUCACUUCUACUACGGUUUUGUCUUUGCUGGUUGUUUGGUCUUCUCUUUCUUCUACGUCUACUUCUUUGUCAUGGAAACCAAGGGUUUGAGUUUGGAAGAAGUUGAUGAAUUGUAUGCAUCUGGUGUCUUGCCAUUCAAGUCUGCCGGUUGGGUUCCACCAUCCAAGGAAGAAAUGGCCACCACCACUGGUUUUGCAGCCGAAUCCAAGGCUGAAGUUGAACAAGUUUAAUCUUGAUUUUUACGAAAGUUAUGUUAACUAAUCUAAUAUGUAUAAAGACUAUAGAUCAUAUUUAGAAUGAAUAAUUUGAUUAUAAUAAAA